UCGGCAAGCGUAGCUCAUACACCUACGAUCCACCUUUAUCGCUACCGUUUGGUCUGCUCUCGGACUAACCGAGUCUACUCGUCGACCUUCCGCCGGCAGGAGGCCUCCGUUGCUCCUUUCCAGCCACCCGAGAACGUACCCUCCCUGACAGAGGAAACGCUUGGCACCACCACCUUGGGCUUCGUCGAUCGCGUUUAGAUCGAACGCAGAACUCGACUGCAGUUCGCGCCCGACUGGUGCAACGUGCAAGAACGCUCGCCACGUGACAACACCUGCUCCACGGUUAGGAUUCCACCGGCCACACCAUGAGAAUCAAAAUUCUGCUGGCCUUCGUUGUAGUUGUCCUGGCGGUGACCUCAGCCCAGGACUAUAGUCAACUCUUCGCAGGAUUCGGCCCUUAUCUCAGGCAAUCCGCCGGGAUGCGGGAUCCACGAUCGAACAGGGGUCCAGUGUUGUUCCCGCCCGGUCCGCCGCCGAACAGCGCCGACACGAGCGGAGUGGUAGCAGGCGCGAGCGGAUACGGCUUCGUGCCACCCAACCCAGCCUUUUACAGGUACUUCUAUUAUUAACGGAUAACUGGCAUCGCAAGGGAAUCGAUGACAAAGGUGGAGGACCGAGCGUCAUCGAUGGGAAGCAGUACAGAUCCAAAGAGUCCCCAGAAAGCUAUCGAGGAUCCUCGAAUGGAGCAAUUCAGGGGAAAAGAAUUCUGUGCUCGCAUACAGUGUGUGGCUCAAGAAUUUUUAGCGUGUGAGUGCUAGAACGUGUUUCUAAUGGUACUCGAGGACGCUUUUAACAGUAUUUAUGUAUACAGAGAUGCAAAGCUAAUAUAUAUACCUAAUAUAUUUCUGUAAUUGUAGCCAUUAAGUACGAAGCGGUUCACGAAAGCGUUGGUACAGUAUAAUUUCGAUUUUUAUCUCUUCUCUCUACAAUCCGUCAAUUAAUUCGGGUCGUUAGAAGUUGUUGAAUUUUCCUCCAGACACUCGUUGUUUACGAAACGAUGUCGAUCCAAACCAGUUUGCCACGAUCGAUUAAAAAGGUCCGUCGUUCAGUGUUUGCUACUCAACGUUGAUGAAAUAGCGUUUUAUCGAAACGAACAGGCCAGCGAAGCCUAACGUCGAUCGUCGAUCCCCAAAAGUGAAUAUAAAAUCUUGUAAAUACGUGUUGCAUUAUCGCGAUACGGGAUCGUCGAUCAUGGAACGCCGUAUCGCGAUGAAAGAUACUUUUCCUCGACGGUCGGUUGAUUUUCCGUAAUUCGAUCACGAUUUGCAUUGACACGCAUGCCUGCCUCGGCCGUUUAGAUCUCGGUCGAGCUCGUGCCCAACCGUUUUAAUUACGGCUGUACUUGAAAAUUACACAUGCGAGCGUCGAAUGCUUCGCCGGAAGGAACAUUUGUUCUUCGAUAUUUUGAUAAACUUUGGUCAGUUAUCGACGUCUUGCAGAUAAAUUCGUAAAUUUAUUUAGCGAAGACACACGUUACAGAAGAAAUAUUAAACGUAACGUCUAGUCAUGUUUUCUGACGAUUUUACUUUUCUCUGGGACAAUAUAGGAAUGGAAAUCCGUGAUACAAUAGAAGCAAAACAGUAAGAAGCAAUUACAAUAAGAAACACGGUCAGGCCAAUAAAUCGGCGGGAGAUCGAUGCAGCCGCGAUCGGCUCACAUUUUCAGCGACGCUUGCGAAAGUUCUCGACGUUAAUGCGGCUUCGACGGCCGCUCUCGAUUCGUUCGAGGCGAAACUAUGCCUAGCAAUACAACGGACGUCCAUCGUGACUAUGCUCGUGAAGUAAUUGCCUCCGAUUAUCGAAGACGCUGAGCGGCGAUCUCGUUAGCGUAAUUACGAACGACGCGCGGAUUAUCCGGGCGCAACGAUCCACGGGGAAAUUAAUUCCGCGGCGAAAUCAUGAUCGCGGCGAAGUCUGCUUGAUAAUUGAUACGACGGGUGUAUCGGAAACACCGGAAUCCGACACGAGGGGGAGGGUUAGGCAUUAUCGGGCAUAAUGAUCGUUAGCGAGUCAUUGGCAACCGAGCGCGUCGAUAUUUCUAAUCUAGAGUCUGCGUUUCGAUGCUCGGUUGAUUAACAGAGGAUCUUUCGCCUUUAAUUCUGCGGUUCUCGACUGGCUCAAAUAGAAAAUUAAAUAUAUUAAAUACAGGUUGUAAUAAUAACAUUGAUAGAAAUUAUACGAUUUAUUU